AGCAAACUGCGGGGCAUAUUGCAACAGAGAUACAUUUAAUUUGAGUGAGGAACCAGAGCGAGUGAAAGAUAGAAUGCAGUCUGCAGAAAUGUUGAUGUAUUCACUGCUGCACUGAGCCGGAACGAUUGGAGAAUUUACGCCGGAUUUCCUGCCCCACCAGGAGGUAGGAAUGCAAGACUCUUGUCAACUUGAAGACAGCACACAGACUUUAAAGGAUUGGUAUCUUUCCUAAAUUGCCAAGAUGUCAAGUGCUGGACUAGCAGCACAGGAGAUCCGUAGUCCGCUGAGUAACUGCUUCAUGCAUAGUCCUCAUGGUGUCAUCGGCAACAAGAGCUGCUGGAAUCAGUCAAGUACCUUGGACAACCUCUACUUUGCUGAAGCCACAGCCGUGACCUGUGCUUUGAAUGCUGCUCCCCACAAACAGUCCUACAUUGUACCUUCAACCAACAGACAAGAAGCAGGGCCACUUGGACUGAAUAGAGACUGCUGUUUUGGAAGCUGCCUCAGAUCAUCCUUCCACAAGGUACAGCAUCCACCUCUGAAAAUGCAAAACUGCGAGGAGUCUUUAGUACAGUUGGAGAAGGGUCAGCUGUUGUCUCAGUUUAAUAAACUCUCAGUGAACAGUAAUAUGCUGCCACAACCUCAGACACCAGUAAGGGGAGCAACUGCACCAAUUAACAUCGGAUGCUCCAGUGACCGAAGCUCUAAGCCACUUCCGCCGCUGCCUUUCUCGGGCGAUGUGUCCUUCGAUGACGUGGACAGUGAGGUCGAGUCCAUCACGAACUCAGAAACUGACUUGCUCCUGCAGGACUACAGACCACUAAGCUUCAGGUACGGGGCUCCAAGCAGAAGGAGCUUCCGUGGGUGCGGGCAAACCAACUAUGCUUACUCUGAGAGCGUUGGUCAGAGUCGAGUGCCAGAGAGUUCCCACGUUAUAAAGGACACUAAAAUGGAAAAUAAAGAGGUCACUGAACAUCGUGCUCGCCCCCACCGCAAAUUGCGACGUUCGCAUUCGGGCCCAGCUGGAUCCUACAACAAGCCCACCAUAUUGAAAAAUGCAAACUGCCUAUCAAGUUCCUCGCCAGAUUCCACUGAAGUGAAGCCUGAGAUCCCCCCUCGAGUGCCCAUACCCCCACGCCCGGUGAAUCAUGACUACAGGAGAUGGUCUGCUGAGGUGAUGCACUGCGACGAGGACAAACCGCCAAAAGUUCCACCACGAGAGCCCUUGUCCAGAAGCAAUUCGCGCACCCCAAGCCCCAAAAGUCUCCCAGCCUACCUCAAUGGGGUGAUGCCCCCAACACGAAGCUUUGCACCCGAUCCCAAAUACGUCAGCAACAAAGUCCUCCAGAGGCAGGCGAGUGACGGGGCAACCUUGCGGGUACCGUGCAUUUUACCGAUCAUUGAAGAUGGGAAGAAGGUGAGCUCCACGCAUUACUACCUGCUUCCCGAGAGACAAAUUUCAGAAGUAAUUUGUGGAAGCCCAGGCCUCUGAGGGAUCAACUGAUUGCACAACGCAACGCUUCAAGACAUUUGCAGUCACCAAACCGGAGAUGGGAAAGCAGAAACUUGUUUCCAAUGUAAACUCUUCUUAGUUGCAACAAAGAAAAAGUGGCAAAGAAUAAUCCCAGUCUUAUUGAGGCUCCUGGCUUGCAGGAUCCACAGGAAAAACUAACAUCAUUGCGGAAUGUGAUCCCAAAACCUCAGCUAAAUUCCAUACAUUACAUAAGUAUAUGUGGAAUAUGACUUAACUAUUAUCUAUAAAAUGGAAGACCUUGAACAAUCCACAGUGAACAGGAUGCCUACUUUGGUUUUUGCUUUUAGACUUUUGUGACCUUUUCAUCAGGAUGUCUCUGUUGUUUUUAUUGCACUUUAUCUACUUCUGGAACUUUGCAAUGAACAGUGAACUAGACUUUGGGCAUGGCCACAAUGCCCUUUGAUAUUCUGGCAGGUGCAUUGUCUGUAUUGGCCCAUCAUUAACCAGGAACCUUGCAGAAAACUAAUACAGAAAAUAUUAGUUUCUCUGGCCAAAACUUCUUUACAUAACUGUUCGGAGACCCUUUUGGUUGAGAAACUGGCAAUUGUUACAGGGCAGUGUACAAGCAAUUAUGCUUGGUGUCAAUUCAGCUCAGGGAUGCUUAAUGAAGGUCACCUCUUACUUAAUGGCUAUUUAAGUGAAAAAGUAUUAUGUUCAAGUGAAGGGAAAGAAUUAAAAGACUUCUUAAAAACACACAACUGCCACAAAUUAAUGUUUCUGCCUCUCUUUCCCCAUCCAUUCAGUGAUUUGCAGCAUUGUGUUAAAUGAUAGAGAAUCCCAAAGUUCGGAACGAGGGGAGUGGGUAUUCCAUUUUUCCCAGAAGGUUAGCAAUCUGCGUGCUGCUGUUUCUCCUCCGUUCCCUCCUAAUUUUUUUUUAAAGUGACCUCAAAUGAGGUUGGGGGAAGGAAGGAGGGUAUGUUGAGGGUGGGGGCUGCUGGUGGGAAGGUUUUCUACACAUCAUUCAUCAUUCUCUGCAUAUCAACACUGGAAGCUUGCCUGUUCUACCACGUUCAAGUACAAUGCACAAUCUGAUUUUUCACUUACUUUUUUAAAGUGUAGAUGACCAAUGGCAGUUAACAGGAGCUGUUGUAGUCAAGACCCUGUUGGCAAUAAGACUACAGAGGUGUAGUUUUGACCAGCUCCCCUCUGAUAUCAUGUAUGAAUACCCUUUCUUGGUGAUGAUGUAAAAUUAAUCAUGAAAGGCAUGAGUACUGCCCAAACCUGCCACUUUAUACAUCGUGUGUCUGUGUUCAAACACUGGAUUUCAAGCCAGACCCUCAAAGGUCCAUGACAGCCACCUUCCAGGGGCUCUUGCUACCCAAAAUGUUUAUGGAGAGACACAAUUUCUAUCAGUAUGCCCCUUAGUGAUUCAAGCCUUGGACCAUUACAAUCUGGUACUUCGCAUCACUUUAUCGCCUGGAUUUGGGGGGUGGGGGGGGGGUGGGAGGAUGAAGGAGAAGCAAGAAAACUCUCUGGCUGACAGAGCCUUCCUAUCUCGACACACCUCCCUGCUGAAAACCAGUGAGAAGAAAGGAAACUUCAAUUGGAGUUUAAAAGAACAUUCUCCCUCCUCCCCAUGUAUGACUAUGAGCAUAUUGAGGGAAAUGGUGGCAAAAAAACAGCUUGUGUUUUAAACUUAUAGACUGAGUAAAGGGAGGCAUAGUAAGAGGUUCAGUACUAACCUACAAGCUAGUUUACAUGGUUUUGGACUGGACUAGGAACCUAUAUGAAGAAUCAUGCAGGUACUCGUUUGGAAAGUUUUUUGUCAGAAAUCAAUUAACUGUAUGUAACAUAAAUGAAGGUCUAUAUUUCUGCUCUUGUAUAUUCACUGGCUGUAACAUAUUUUGUUUCUAUAAUAUUUGUUGGAAAGCUCCAGAACAAUGUUUCUGUGGGUCUGUGCAGUAUUAUUAUAUAUAUUUAAAC